GCCCAAUUUGUUUUAUCUAGUAAUUAUCGAAGAGAAAGCAAUAUUUACAUAUUUUAUAUUGUAGUCGUCCAGGUUCAAUGAAUCUAUACAAAAUCAGAAAGCCUUAGUACACACUCGUAUGUAAUAUACAUCAUUGAUCUCAGCCUCCGUUUCGAACCAGAAAGGUGUAAUCGCCAAGUUAAUAUACAGCAGCAAGCUCAGCCAUGGGAACGGAGUUCGACCCGGCAUUCAUUCAAGCACCAGAGCACAGGCCCAAGCCCACCAUCGUCGAAGCCCAAGGCAUACCAUUGAUCGACCUGUCCAGGCCCAUUGAUGACCUCGCGAGGGAGAUCGGCGGCGCGUGCAGCCAGUGGGGGUUCUUUCAAGUGAUCAACCAUGGAGUUCCGCUGGAUAGUCGACAGAAGCUGGAGUCGGCGGCGAGGGAGUUCUUUGCGCUGCCUCAGGAAGAGAAGAGGAGAGUAAAGAGGGACGCGGUUAAGGUUUUGGGAUACUACGAUACCGAACAUACCAAGAACGUUAGGGAUUGGAAGGAAGUCUUUGAUUUUUCGGUGGAGGAUCCCACCUUUGUUCCGGCGUCGUUAGAUGCUGAUGAUCAGAAAGUUACCACGUGGUAUAAUCAAUGGCCUGAGAACCCUCCAGUUUUAAGGGAGGCAUGCGAAGGAUAUGCCAGAGAGGUUGAAAAGCUCUCGAUCAAGUUGAUGGAACUAAUUGCCUUAAGCUUAGGAUUACCAACAACCAGGUUCAAUGAGUUCUUCAAAGACCAAACGAGUUUUAUUCGACUGAAUCACUAUCCACCAUGCCCUAUUCCUCACCUUGCUCUCGGCGUUGGCCGUCACAAGGAUUCCGGGACAUUGACAAUCCUUGCUGAAGAUGAUGUUGGAGGACUCGAAGUUAAGAGAAAGAGUGAUGGAGAGUGGAUUCGAGUCAAACCAACACCUAAUGCUUUUAUCAUCAACGUUGGUGACAUGAUUCAGGUUUGGAGCAAUGAAAGAUAUGAGAGUGUAGAGCACAGAGUGAUGGUCAAUUCUGAAAGGGAUAGGUUUUCAAUACCCUUCUUCCUCAAUCCAGCACACUACACAACGGUCAAACCUUUGGAAGAGAUGACUGACGACCAGAAUCCUCCAAAAUAUAGAGCAUACAACUGGGGAAAGUUCAUCACCACAAGAAAGGGCAGUAAUUUCAGGAAGCUUGAUGUUGAAAACAUUCAAAUUUAUCAUUUCAAGAUAUCUAAGUGAGCAGGCCAGAGAACUAUAUACUAAGCUUUCUGUUACAUAAUAAUAAUAAUAAUAAGCUGUCCCUGUUUAUGUAAAUGCCGUGCAUUGUAUACGGAGAAGUAAUUAAUAAAACUUGGUGUUUUUAUCUCAA